UCGACCUUGGAGCAGUGGCAGAUCCGACGAGCUGACGGUAUGGAGGUCAACCGAUGGGGCGUCGUCGCGAUCGCGAGCGUCGUCUUUGACAUUGACGUGGGCCAGACGCUCGAGGCCAUGUACCCGCAAACAGCGUCCUUGACAACGUCGGCGCAGAAGUCGAUCGCGUACCUCGCGCUGCCCCACAGCAACCGCCACGACGAAGGCGACACGCAGUUCGCGUUUCGCUGCCGGUCAGAAGACGAGAGUACGUCGAGCUUCCUCUAUGGCUUUGUGCUCUUCCGCCAGCGCAAGGACGCGGCCAAGACACGCGGGUACUUUCAAAAGGCCAUCGUCAUCGUGACGCAGACGCCGUUCGUCGGGCUCUACGAGCGCGUGCUGCGGGUCGUCGGUCCGCUCUACUUUCAGGUCGGCAACCCGCUCCUCGAAGCCCUCUACGACAACGUUCUGCAAUGGCCGGCGCCGAUGCCCGACACGACCAUGAUCUUGCCCGUCGCCGGCACGUUUGUGAGCUUUGUCGUGCCCGCCAUGGUCCCGAGCAUUGAGGCGCCCGCGCCCACGCGCCGCUGGAGCAUCGAACAAGAGUCGUUUGAUGUCAACGCGGACGACAUGGCCAGCCACGACGAAGAUGACGACGAGGCGCCGGACGAGCAAGCGAUUGUGCGCAACGGCAAAUUCACAGCGCCAGCGCCGCGCGUCGCGCCGUCGCCGCUCUUUUGCGACAUUCUCAACGCCCAAGACGCUGGCAUCUCGUUCGAGAGCGUCGGUCUCUUCUCGAGCUUUGAGGGGCUCGAGGCGUGUCUCUGGGAUCUCUGGCAGCUCGCAAUCACGGGCGAGAGCGUGCUCAUGGCGGCACCAAGCGCGCGCGUCUGCAGUCAAGCCGUGCUUGCGUUCACGAGUUUGAUUGCGCCCGUGGCCUACCACGGAGACUACCGCCCGUAUUUUGCCCUUUACGAAGCUGAUUUUACCAGCAUCGCUGCCGUGCACGAUACGACCAAGUGCGUGAAUUUCCCGACAACCGUACUCGGCACGACCAACCCCUUCUUCCUCAAGGCGCUGCGGUUCUGGCCCAACGCAGUCGUGUUUCCGUUUCUAGAUGCGUCUUCUCGCCCGGCGACGCCGCCGACCGCCAAGCGCGCGUUUGGUUUUCUCGAUACGGACGCUGCGAACGUCGACGACACGAGCCGACCCCGGCGCUACAUUAAGCGAGCCGCGGAGCUCGAUUCGUUCCCAGAAAGCUACGCGCCAAGACUCUUGGCGCGGUCGUCGCGGCUCGUGCAGCCCGACCCGGUCGUGCUGCGGCAACUCGUCGAGGCGACGGCUGUUGAGACGUCCGAGGGUCUCCAGAACGGCGACGAGCCACCGAGCGUCUCGAUCAAUAAUGCCGUCCUGCGCAAGCACUUCAAGCACCUUACUGAAGUCUUCCUCAAGCCAUUUGAGCCCUAUUUUGGCAUUUGGUCCAACCACCUGCACGUUGCGCCGUCGCCGUAUAUGGACGUCACUGUCUUCAUGAAGCCGUUCGUGGCCACGGAAUUCCUCAAGUCGCUGGCCACGAUCCCGUCGACGAAGCUCCCGACACCCCUGCGAACGUCGCGCAAGAAACUGCGGGCGCUGUACGCGCGCUUCAUUGCGUCACCGCACUUUCUGCCGUGGUUUGCGGCCCGCCGACACGAGUGCAUCGAUGCGUUCGACUCGGUGCUGCGGACGCUUCGCGAGACCAUCGACGCCAAGGCGCUCCUGACCGAACCCAGUGGCGCGGCCAUGGAUCUCCACAUGUGCCAGCAGCUCAAGACACAGAUCCAGCGUACGAUCGAGUUGGCUGCCUCACAGGCGACGCCGGACGCGCGGCACAUUGCGCUGAUGGAGACCCACUUGCACGACGUCUCGGCAGCGAUUUUAGCGCUCUCAGCCGCCACAAGUGACGACUAGAGUGUAGUGAAUCCAACAACAAAAAUAAUACCGCAUUCGUAGUCAUCAGUAUCACUAGGGGGCCGACGAUGCAAGUACCCAGACGAUGUCAGAAGCACCCAACAGAGACAUGGGCAACGAAGUUGACUGUCGGCUACUUCACAGGACCAGUAAUUGAUGGUUGAAAGUGAGAAGUACGCUUGCGAUA